AUGGUGAGAACUCACUAUCCUUCUUAUCUCAAGACAGUGCUAAAAGCAGGAUCUAUCGUCAGCUUACUCUAUUGGGCUUUGUGUUUGAACAUAGGGUGGGUACAUCAUAGAGAGCUAGCGAAAAACUCCAGAGUACGAAGACGCUUUGUUAAAGCUGGAGGAUUUGACUCAUUUUUGCAAAUGAGGGACGAAUAUCACAAGCAUCAAGUCAGACCCAUGUUGGAUUUCCAGCCAAAUCAGCCUUAUGCAACCCCAGCACCAUUGAAGCCUCAAAAACACUUUUAA